UAUGCGUACUUUCAAUAUGUAUACGUUCUUUACUUUGACAGUCGCUUGUUUAGCGAUAACCGCCCAUGGCUUUCCAGACACUCACAUUGUUGGUGGAAGGGACGCGCCGGUUGGCAAGUUCCCGUACCAAGUAUCUCUGAGAAAAUCCGGACGUCAUUUCUGUGGUGGAUCCAUCAUCAAUCAUAAUACCAUUCUUACUGCCGGUCAUUGUUUAGUAAUCUACCGCAUGAAUCCCAGUGCUCUCAAAUCGUUAACUAUUCACGCCGGCACAAAUCUGCUAAGCGAAAAUGGUACCGUCUACAAAGCUAAACAAGCUAUUAUUCACGAGACUUUCGAUAGUAUUAGAAUAAUCAAUGACAUCGGUUUACUUAUUCUGUCGACUCCAAUUGAAUAUACCAAAUAUAUACAGCCUAUAUCACUUGCAACUACCAAUGUUGCUCCUGGCUCUUACUGCAUCUUAGCUGGAUGGGGAAGAAUUGAGCUUGGUGGUAUAAUUCCUGACAAGUUACAAGAGAUUGAGUUAAAUGUAUAUGACCAAGAUAAAUGCCAUCAAAGUCAGAGAAGGGUACAAUUUAGUCACAUUUGCACACUCACCAGAAUAGGCGAAGGCGCGUGUCACGGAGAUUCCGGUAGUCCUCUUGUUUCUAAUGGUUUUCAGAUUGGUAUUGUCUCUUUUGGUACACCAUGUGCUCGAGGACGACCCGAUGUACACACUAGAGUGACCUCUUUCACAAAAUGGAUUAAAAAACAUAGUUUUGAAUGCAUUUAUUCGCUUCAAUAUCAGGCAACAAAUCUGCAACCAAAGAUGCGUGUGUUCGCUUGUCUUAUAUUUGUCGCUGUGGCAUACGCCACUAAAGGAGCUCCAUCUUUUAUUAUAAGUGAGGAUACUCCUAUUGACAUUAAAGAUGUAGCUCCUAUCGGCAAAUUUAGAUAUCAAGUAUCAAUAAGAAAAAAUGGCACACACAUAUGCAGUGGAUCUAUUCUUGAUGAUUUUAAUGUGUUAACUUCAGCAAAAUGUGUUGUUGGGUUGAAGUGUUCAACGGAUGAAAUAAUUAUCCAUGUCGGCACAAACUCUUUAAACAAUGCAGGAUAUAGUCAUAACGUAGAAAGUAUUAAUGUCCACCAAAAUUACGACGAAUUAUUAUGCUUUAAUGAUAUCGCCUUGAUUCACCUUAGCGAUCCUAUCAAAGAACGCAACGUACUAGUGUAUCCGAUAAAUCUUCCAAAAUCCAAUAUAAAUUUCGAAUGCAAGCCGUGCACGUUAUCCGGAUGGACAAAUGUAACAAAUGAAAACUUGCAACAAACUGAGUUGAUAGUUGAUAAGCAAAAAGAAUGCGCGAAAAAUCAUUGGGAACUGACUAAUAGCCAUAUCUGCACUAAAGCUCAAAACAGAACGAAUGAAUACAAGAUUGAUCUUGGUGCACCUUUGAUCGCUAAUGGAGUUCAAAUUGGAAUCGCUUCCUCCCCCUGUUCUGGAGAGCCAGAUAUUUACACAAAAGUGUCCAGUUUCCUGCCUUGGAUCAAAGCAAAUUUGAAGAAUUUAAGAGAGAUUUAAGAGAUAUUUAAUUUGUUUAUUACCAUUUAUUAUU